AUAAAAUAAAUACUGAAACCUAUCACUUUACCCUGAGUUGUGUCUUCCCCUGUGUUUCAGAUUUUACUCAGCCGCCAUGUGCGGAAUCCUUGCAGUGUUGGGUUGCGUCGACAACUCUCAGGCCAAGCGCGCUCGCAUCAUCGAAUUGUCUCGCAGGUUGCGGCAUAGAGGUCCUGAUUGGAGUGGCAUACAUUGCCAUGAUGAUUGUUACCUUGCUCAUCAAAGGCUUGCUAUUGUUGACCCUACUUCAGGGGAUCAACCUUUGUACAACGAAGACAAGACUGUUAUUGUCACCGUAAAUGGGGAGAUAUACAACCACAAACAAUUGAGACAGAAACUGAGUUCUCAUAAAUUUCGAACUGGUAGUGAUUGUGAAGUGAUUGCCCAUCUUUAUGAAGAGUAUGGGGAGGAAUUUGUUAACAUGCUGGAUGGGAUGUUCGCCUUUAUUCUUCUUGAUACUCGAGAUAAAAGUUUUAUUGCUGCUCGUGAUGCUAUUGGCAUUACCCCUCUUUAUUUGGGCUGGGGUCUUGAUGGAUCAACAUGGUUUGCAUCUGAAAUGAAAGCUCUGAGUGAUGAUUGUGAGAGAUUCAUGUCAUUUCCUCCAGGGCAUAUAUAUUCCAGCAAACAAGGAGGAUUAAGAAGGUGGUACAAUCCACCAUGGUUUUCGGAGAUUGUUCCAUCAACUCCCUAUGAUCCAAUACUUUUGCGUGAGACCUUCGAGAGGGCUGUGGUUAAGAGAAUGAUGACUGAUGUACCCUUUGGAGUUCUUUUGUCCGGAGGAUUGGAUUCAUCACUUGUUGCCUCUGUGGUCAAUCGAUAUUUAGCGGAAUCUGAGGCGGCUCGUCAAUGGGGAUCACAGUUGCAUACUUUCUGCAUUGGUUUAAAGGGCUCUCCGGACUUGAAAGCUGCAAAAGAGGUAGCAGAUUAUCUUGGUACUCGUCACCACGAACUUUAUUUCACGGUUCAGGAAGGUAUAGAUGCACUUGAAGAAGUCAUUUACCAUAUUGAAACAUAUGACGUAACGACUAUCAGAGCAAGUACUCCAAUGUUUCUUAUGUCCAGGAAAAUUAAAGCCUUGGGAGUGAAAAUGGUUCUUUCUGGAGAAGGUUCAGAUGAAAUAUUUGGAGGUUACCUGUAUUUUCAUAAGGCACCUAACAAGAAAGAGCUUCACGAAGAAACUUGUCGAAAAAUUAAAGCUCUUCAUCUUUAUGACUGCCUGAGAGCCAAUAAGUCAACUGCAGCAUGGGGAGUAGAGGCCCGUGUACCAUUCUUGGAUAAAGAAUUUAUCGAAGUAGCAAUGAGUAUGGAUCCGGAGUGGAAAAUGAUAAGGCGUGAUCUUGGAAGGAUAGAGAAGUGGGUAUUACGCAAUGCAUUUGAUGAUGAAGAGAAUCCAUAUUUACCAAAGCACAUAUUGUACAGGCAGAAGGAACAGUUCAGUGACGGGGUUGGUUACAGUUGGAUUGAUGCCUUGAAGGAUCACGCUGAUAAACAAGUCCCAGAUGCAACAAUGCUUGCUGCCAGUUUUAUUUACCCAGAAAACACUCCUACCACCAAAGAAGGAUACCUCUACAGGACAAUUUUUGAGAAGUUCUUUCCGAAGAAUGCAGCAAGGGCAACAGUUCCAGGGGGUCCUAGUGUGGCAUGCAGUACUGCAAAAGCUGUGGAAUGGGAUGCGGCAUGGUCUAAAAAUCUUGACCCUUCUGGUCGUGCCGCGCUUGGUGUUCAUGAAGCUUCAUAUGAUGCAGUGGAUACCAAAGUUCACAAACCCAAAAAUGGACCACUUUAGAAGAUCCAUAGUUGAUUGUCAACAAAAAAAGUGUACGCAAUAACUGUCAAGUCAAGUGGGAAUUUAAAUUCAAGUAGAUGAAACUAAUGAAUGGCGGGGUUGUUUUUAUUUGUAGGUUAAAUUAAUAUGUAGGUCUUAAACUAUUUGUUGUUUUUUUCUUAAAUAAUUAUCUAUGUUUAAAAGUUUUUAAUCUGUAA